AAAUUUUGGGCCGCACUGCUAAAUUGGCCGAUUGAGCAGUGUCGAGCUUUGCUGUACGCUCGGCUUUCUUCAGGACUCUAUCCUCUGGCACUCCUCCUCGCUCGUUCCCCGUCUCCCUGCCGGUCAGCCAUGUCUCCCCCAGUCAGCAAAAAGGGCAGCGAGUCCGGCACCGCUCGAGUCCUCGGUGCUGGAACCUCUGGUGUCGCCGAGCUGUUGAUCUUCCACCCGGUGGACACGAUCGCGAAGCGUCUCAUGAGUAACAAGCAAAAGGUCUCGCUAUCCACGCUCUCUCCCAUCAUCUUCCGCGACCAGGCCAACGCAUCCCUCGGCAAGCGCUUCUUCUCACUCUUCCCCGGGCUCGGCUAUGCAGCAGGCUACAAAAUCGCCCAGCGGAUAUACAAGUUCGGUGGGCAGCCAUGGUUCAACGACCUCAUCACGCGACACUACAAGACCGAGUUUACGAAUACGUUCGGAGAGCGCAAGGGCAAGAUGAUGAUGCAGGCGACGGCUGGGAGUUUGACGGGUAUCGGUGAAGUGGUACUGCUACCACUGGAUGCCCUCAAAAUCAAAAGACAGGUCAAUCCGGAAGCCUUCCGGGGACGAGGCGUCAUCCGGAUCUUCCUGGAGGAAGGUACGACUCUAUACCGCGGGUGGGGCUGGACAAUGGCACGAAACGCCCCUGGUAGUUUCUCACUUUUCGGCGCGUCAGCCGUAACGAAAGAGUACGUCCUCGGCGUCAAGGAUUACUCCAAGGCCACUUGGACACAAAACUUCAUCGCCUCCAUCGCGGGCGCAGUCGCGUCCAUCACCGUCGCAGCCCCGCUCGACGUCGUCAAGACGCGCAUCCAGAACGCCAACUUUGAGAACAAGGUCUCCGGCGUAGUCGUGAUCAAGGAGCUGCUGAAGAAUGAGGGCCCGCUCGCGCUGUUCAAGGGCUUGACGCCGAAGAUUCUGGUUGUCGGCCCGAAGCUUGUCUUCAGCUACACGAUUGCGCAGUCGUUGAUUCCUUGGUUUGGGAAAUAUGUGUAGAGGCUUUGAGGGUAUUGGAUAGACGUCUCGGUUCUUGCAUAUAUCACAUCUAAUAGACAUCUAAUCACCACUUACACUGACUGCCUGUCAGAGUGAAGAGAAGAGAAGCACCG